CGCCCUAUACUCCAACCGAUAAACCAAACCGAUGGGUAGACAAGACCGAUGGGUAGACAAGACAAGACAAGCGAAAAACCAAAACACAAAACGAUCGCAUCGAUCAGCUGCCUGCCUGCCUGCCUCGUUCAGUUCAUGUAGCUAUCUACACGUACGUGUGGUGAUGCGAUGCGCCAUCGAUCCCUUCAUUCACUCUGCCUUAUGCAUGGCAUGGUCUGCCUGCCUCGUCUAGACAGCCAGUCGCUCCAGGCGCCUCAGUCGCUCCAGGCGCCUGUGUUUGGGGUCUUCUGUCCGUCGCUCGGUGUCAUCUCUGCGGCUGGUGGCGUAAGCGCGGUCCAUCUCCUCCUUCACUCUGAACAAAACAACACAACCACGGACACAAACACGGAGAGAGUGGUGUAUGUACGGUCGCUGCUGUGGGCACACCACACGCACGCACCUGUGUAGAGUGGCGGGUUGUAGUGUCUGGACCUGCUUGACGAUCCACCUGGGCACCGUGCCGCAGAUGUCCACCUUGCCGACCCACGCCACACGCACAUCGCCAUUGGACAAACGACUGCACUCACAACACAGCAAUGAUGCCACCAAGGGAUGCACCGUGUGUGCAUGUCUGUCGGUCUCGCUCACCGUGCGUCGACGCCUGCGGCGAAGAUGUACCCUCUGACAGUGUCCCUCCGCCGCACGAACCGGUCCAUCAGACCCUGCAUGUCCACACCACACAGCACAACACACCACACAGGGGCACAGCACACAGGAGGCAGCUGACCGAUCGGCCCUUGCGUUGCCUUGGCGCCUCUCACCGAUGCGGGUAAGGAGGUUGCAACGAGGACACACCUGUCCCCGCUGGAAGAAACGUCCUUGUACGUCAGAUGGAAGAAAUCCCUGGCUGAGGCACCCCAUUGACGCCUGCACAUACCCACACACACAACACAACACAACACAACACAACACAACAAAACACAACACAACACAACACAAGACAACAUGCCCCAAUCAGAUCAGACAGUCCCCCACACCGGGUUGUCUGUCCGUCGGUCAGCGCCUUCCUUACUUGAACUUCUGCCAGAAAAUCGCCAUUCUGUCAGAGUACUCGCGGAUGACCUCUCCCCUCUCAAACAUGCUGUCGUAGGACUUCUUGUGGUUGAAGUCAUUUACAAAAUCGAUGAUCUCCUGCGGCGAGUACUGCGGGCCGAACGACAUGACGCCCUUGACCACACACGGCUCGUCCGGGUCGUCAAAGUCCAAACGGCUGAUCUGCACCCCGCGCAGUCGGCCCUUGUGCUUCCACUUGGAGGAGCCGUCACUCCACUCCACUAUGGCACUCACCGCGCCCUUGCCCAGCUGCUCGAGCCGUGAGAUGUUACGCACAAGAUCCGCCGCUGAUCGUGAUGCCGAUGACGCUGAUGCAGCAGCGGGGGUCUCCUUCCGGGCAUCUGCUGUGACAGUGUCGGCUGUGGUCUCCCUGGCAGAUGUUCUGGCGGCGGUGUGUCUUGAUCUGGGUCUUGACAGCGGGCGCCUUGGUCGUCUGGGUCUGCGUCGUGGUGUGGCGCCGGGGAAGGCCGCCAGUUGGCUGUCGGCAUCCGAUAAGUAGAUGGCAUCCACGAGAGCAGCAAAAGCACAAGACAAAAAGAGAAGAGUGCGAAGCAACGGCGAUGCCAUCAACUGCAGAUGCCGGUCACUGAGGAGCGAGGCGACUCUCUUCGUCCCUCUUGGUCAGCG